GGCUGAGCUCCGGAGCGCUUCACGUCUAGCAUUGGAUACCGAUGCGCUGGCCACGUCCCCGAGCCACGUCGCGCUUUGCUCGCCAUUUUCCCAUCUCCUGAAGCCCGAAUCGGUCUCUUUUAGUGUCACAGUGUCACUGAACACUGUCAGGGCAGAAAUUAAUCUAAUCAGGGGACGAACCGAGCUCUCUGUAGAGUCUUUACCCAGCUAACGUCUGCCGGAGCUCCGAUUCAAACAUGAACAUUUUUAGGCUAACCGGCGAUCUCUCCCAUCUAGCAGCCAUCAUCAUCCUGCUGCUCAAGAUAUGGAAAACCAGGUCGUGUGCCGGUAUCUCUGGGAAGAGUCAGGUCCUGUUCGCCUUAGUGUUCACCACUCGCUACCUGGACCUGCUCACCUCCUUCAUCUCCCUCUACAACACCAGCAUGAAGAUCAUCUACAUCGGAUGUGCGUACGCCACCGUGUACCUGAUCUACCUGAAGUUCAAGGCCACCUAUGAUGGAAACCACGACACGUUCAGGGUGGAGUUCCUGGUUGUCCCUGUUGGUGGUCUGGCUUUCCUGGUUAACCACGACUUCUCUCCCCUGGAGAUUCUGUGGACGUUCUCCAUCUACCUGGAGUCGGUGGCCAUCCUGCCCCAGCUCUUCAUGAUCAGUAAGACUGGCGAGGCCGAGACCAUCACCACCCACUACCUGUUCUUCCUGGGACUCUACAGAGCGCUCUACCUCAUCAACUGGAUAUGGAGGUUCUACUUCGAGGGAUUCUUCGACAUGAUCGCCAUCGUCGCUGGGGUGGUGCAGACCAUCCUCUACUGCGACUUCUUCUAUUUGUAUGUAACAAAAGUUCUGAAAGGGAAGAAGCUGAGUCUGCCAGCUUAAGUGCCAAAGCGGAGAGUUUCAGCAGACUCAUGGACGGGGUUCGGAGGGAAGGAGGAGUGGACGUGGACACCUCUGAUGACCCCCAUCCCACCCCACCAUCAACUUCCACCUCCUCCUCCUCCUUUUCCUCCUCCCCUCCUGUCAGAGUAAGAUGCCUGAGACAGAGAGCGAGCGGGACCUGCUUCUGGAUCCAGAAGCAGCAGAACCAGAACCCCUGCAGAGGCUCGUCCACGGCCCUCGGAUUUCUGUUUGAUGCAUCUUGCCUUAACUUUUUUAUUACUCUGUAAAAAGGAAGAAAAAAAGUGAGAAAGUUUUCUACAGAAAAAAGUGUACACAUUGGUGAAUGCGAGCUGAAGGUGUAAAAUUGCCUGUGAUUUGGCGUUGUAUGAUACUGAAGCGGACUUCUUGUGGUGGGCUGUUAUUGACUUGAGCGUUUGUAAAAGUAUUUGCAAUCGAAAUAAAUGUGCUUUGUUUUUCCUGAUAAAUCUGGGGGAGGAAUUUGUUGAAUCUUCACAAUUUUGGAGGUCGAAUAAAUCAUGUUUUGCUUUUAUUUUUUUGACCACAAUGCAUUCCCAUGUAUUAAAAAUAUACAUAUUAGUUCCCAUUAAAUUCCACUUAGAUGCCAUGAGUUAGCUUUCUUAAUUCAAAAAAAGGAAUUCAGGCUGGAGUUAUUUUUCUGUUGAAAUGCCUUCAGAAUGAACUGGUAUGAGAUUUUUCUCAGAGAACACCAAUCUGUGUAAAGUGGCGUUCUUUAAGUGACACAUUUAAUAAUAAUAUGCCCAUUUGGACAGUUUCGAUUGCCUGCAAGAACACAUCACUGCCCAGCAGAUCUAUUAACGGAGGUUCCGUCAAAUGUUUGAGAUGAUUCUUCUGUCAUGUGCUGUUUGUGACUCAUCACAACAGAGAUUAAAGUCAUUUUCUUUUAGGUGCUGAUGUAUUUAUUUUUUAUUUUUCCUCCUGGUUCAAUAAACACGGUCCGUAGAAUUGUC